UCACUCCCUCUCAUCUAAGGAGCAGUUUGUUUCAUUAUCCGAGGAGUGAGCGAAGGAUCUCUGUACCUCUCAUCUAAGGUUUGGAUGUACCUUGUGAAGACAAAAUGUUCCAGUAGAUCCCCAUACGACAACUGCAGGUGCAGAAAUUAACUAAAAUGUUUAAGAAGAAAGCAAAAGAAGAAAAAGAGUCCCCGGUCCCUGAUGCUCAACAAAAUGGGGAGCUGCCCAAUUCUGGUCCCAUCAUUUACUACAUCUAUGAAUCAGAGGAAGAUGAGGAAGAAGAGGAAACUGAACCUCCCCCAGAGCCCCCAAGGCCAGUCAAUGACAAACCUCACAAGUUCAAGGAUCAUUACCUUAAAAAGCCAAAGUUCUGUGAUGUGUGUGCCAGGAUGAUUGUCUUAAACAACAAGUUUGGAUUGAGAUGCAAAAACUGCAAAACCAACAUUCACCAUCACUGCCAGUCCUAUGUGGAGUUCCAGAAAUGCUUUGGGAAGAUACCUCCUGGAUUUCGCCGCGCAUACAGUUCUCCACUAUACAGUAACCAACAAUACGCCUGUGUAAAGGAACUAAUGCCUUUCUCUGCUGCUAAUCGUACGGAUCCAGUUUUUGAUACCCUGAGGAUAGGGGUCAUUAUGGCAAAUAAAGAAAGAAAGAAAGGACAGGAUGACAAGAAGAAUCCUAUGCUUGACGAGGAACCUGAGGAACUUCCACCAAAACCAGAAGAAGGAAAGCUGGAAGGAGACGUGCCUGAUGGGGACAAGAAAGGUGACAAAGGUGGACAGGAUGCUAAGAAUAAGAAGGCACAGCCUGGGUUCAUGCAGUCCCAUUAUUUUGUGGCUGUGUAUCGCUUCAAAGCCCUGGAGAAGGAUGAUCUAGAUUUCCAAGCUGGGGAUAGAAUCACUGUAAUAGAUGACUCCAAUGAAGAAUGGUGGAGGGGCAAGGUUGGUGAUAAGGCGGGCUACUUCCCAGCUAACUUUAUUAUCCGUGUCCGAGCUGGAGAAAGAGUGCAUAAAGUCACACGGUCUUUUGUUGGAAAUAGAGAAAUUGGGCAGAUCACACUAAAGAAAGAUCAGAUUGUGGUACAGAAAGGAGAUGAAAUCAAUGGAUACAUCAAAGUGUCCACAGGGAGGAAGGUAGGGUUAUUCCCCCUAGACUUUCUGCAAGAAAUCUGAAGAAGGAACAAGAUUGAGAGUAUCUGCCUGAGAACCCCCAGCAAAGCACAUCAGUAGGAACCUUCCCAAGUGCUUCUUACUAAAGGACUAUCAACAGUCUGAUCCUUCAUUCACACCACUGUGGAUACUGAAAUGAGAGUCUACGAGAAAGCAGUGUUAGUUGCUCCACUGACUCUCUCAGCAUUGGGGUAGUUAAGUGUAAGUGAAGUUGACAGACAAAACCUCAAAGGGCUUGACCAGUAUUUCAACACCUACAGUUUCCUCCAAAAUAAAGUGCCUGUAUUCCAUAAGGAGGGGAUGUUGUUAACCCCUUUUUUUCUGUUGGUGUUCUGGUCACACAGAUUCUGUUCAACCAUCACUAAACUCAACAACAUACACUUUAGCAGUGUGUUCAUUAACAAAGGAGUAUAUAUUUUCUAGAUUUCCAGUUGUAACUUAUGAUUCUUCUCUAGAAAUCUCCAUGCAGCAAAUACACCAUACUUGUUGCCAUUUUAGAGACUUUAAAUUGUGCUUUUGUUACCAUAUUUAGGGCUGCCUUUAUGUGCUUUUUGUAUUUUUGUGGGUAUAUUAUGUGCUCUCACUGUUUGGUUAGCAAUACUAUUCAUGCCUCUGCAUUUAUCUAUCAAGGAACUUCUUAUGAAGCCAGCUAAUCCGGUGUUCUUCAAAGCCAAGUGGUAGUUUACAAUAUGGAUUUGAUUAAAACACUAUAAAACACUUUAUGGGAUACUAGAUAAAAUGACUUCUUCUUGACACUAGGGGUAGUACAGAGCUUCAAGCAGAUGGUAAUUGCAAGUUUUCCUUGCUUCUAGGGUACAAAGAGCAUCUUUGCAGAAUAUAAUGUAGAGUUUAAAGGGGUCAAAGCCAUGUACUGCCAUCCCAUAUUAAAAGAUUCUCUAGGGCAGGGGUCCACAAACUUUUUUUUACCUGUGAGCCACAUCCAAAUGUAAAAAUAGUUAGGGAGCAACACAAGCAAGAAAAGGUCCAUGGGGAUGCCAAAUAAGGACUGUGAUUGGCUAUUUGGUAGCUCCAAGUCAGGAUUUUAAAAAUAAGCACCUGCUUUGAGGCCACUGAGAGCAACAUCCAAAGAGUUGGCAAACAAUAUGUUGUUAGGGAGCCACUGGUUGGUAAUCACUGUUUUAGGGGAAUAUUGCACGUUGCUUGGGAGGAUCUGUAAAAUGAGCAUUGUUUUAGGUUAAGUAAUUUCCAUACAUAACAGCCAGGGCUAUCUAUAGAUAUCCAAGGCAAAACAGCUGGUGUGGGAUUCCUACAUUUAUAUAAAUCAUGGGUAUCCCACCAGCAACUAUUUAUCUGGACAGCCCAAAGAGAAACGUGUGCUUUAUUGCUCUAGGUCUACAUUCAACAUCCCUUUUCUAGAGGUCAUUCUCCACACUGCUGUGCUGCCAGCUUACUCAAAGGUUAAAUAUUUAGCUGAAGACUAAACAUUUCUGAUGACAGCUCUGCUAAGAACCAUUCUUGUAUCCUAAUGAAAUAUGUUGAUUGUUAUUUGCUGUAGCUUUACACAUCCAUUCAGAAGUAUAGAAGGCAGAUCCAUUCAGACACCAUGAAUUGUUGCAAUGAACUUACAGAAUAUAUAUAUACUGUAAUUACACAACUUCAAGUUCUCUGUGCUUCAUUUCUCUGUCUUUCGUUGGAUAAGCACAGGCAUCAAUGUGCUGCUAUAUGUGCUGGCUCCAUUGUCAUAUGCAAUUGCCCUUCUGUUAAUGUGGAUCUGCGGAGGAGGUGGGAUAUAAAGAAAGGUUUGGCACAUCUACUUUAAUACUUCAGUGUUGCAAUCCGAGCCCAAUAACAUGCGGAGACUGCUGUGGGCCAAGCAGUUUCUUUAUUCAUGGAUUAAAUAGCUACACAGGGCUGUCCUCUUAGCAGGUUUGUUGUACAUGAGUUUGUGUAUUGGCUUCUAUUAAACUUGAUGAUGUUAUACAAGUAGUCUGUGAGUCCAUCCGAGUGCUCAUCUGUCUGCUGCUUUACGCUGGCUGUUGGGUAAGGCUUUAUAUCUUACAUUUCCAGAGACACCCUAGGUAUGCUAUACACAAUCAUAUACAGAUAUGUGUUAAUUAAGAAUGUUAACCAUCUGUCUCAUUCCAUCACCUCUCUCCCACCCUUUGUAUUACUGAGUAGCUUCCCCCGUGUCAUGUCAAUUCUGACCUUCCGUAAAGCCAAUCUUGUUGAAGUGAUAUUUUCCUGUGACAUCUGUUAUACUCAAGUGCUAACUUCUAUGGUGACCUUUAUAUUUAUAUAUUUUAUUUAAAGACAUUUUUUUUAAGUGGAAAUAAAGAUGACUUCUAUUA